AUCAAUCCUUUUCAAAAGCAAAGUGAAGCCCAGAACACAGCCGCGAGCAGCCAAACUGUGACCAGCGCCGCUGUCCUGCUGCCCAUCUGUCCCCAUCCCCAUCCCACUGCCAGCACCAUCGCCAUCCCCUUUGUCCACUGCCAAUGCCAGUGGGUGGGGGCAGCGCGCUCAGUUGCUGCGCUGGCAUCCCAAGCGUGGGGCCGAGCUGCGGGCCCUGCUUUUUCCAACGGGACAGUGGCGAUGGGGGCUGCUCUCUCCACCGGAGCGGUCGUGGCAAUUUCUUUUAACUGUAUCAUUGCAUUGCUCAUCCUCAUCCUCUUCCUCAUCCUCUGCAAGGCAUGCAGGACCCCCUCGUGCCCCACGAAGAGCCCAGCUUCUGAUGCAGAUGAGUCAAGGAAUGAAGAGAAGUACCUGCUGCAGCCGUGAGCUGCCUGAGGACUUGAGUACCAGGCUGUGUUGAAUGAGUUGCACCAGCCUGGAUUGCUGCUCUGGGACUGGUGCGCUGGACCAGGCACUAUGAGAGCAGAGGGGUUGCCAACCUGCUUACAGGGCCUGUGAAAAGGGGCACAGGCCUUUGCCUGUCUGUUUUUUGUUGUGUGAAGUCCCUGUGGAUGCCCACAGUGACCAUGGGGAUGAAGAAACAGUGGCUAGGGACAUGCUAUGGGGAUAUUUCUGCAUGUCCCAGAAGCCAGAAAGCACAGAACGGGCUCUGCUCUCGAGUGCAUCCUGUGUUUGGGGAUAACUUGUGGGCUCCUUGCUGGGGCUUGUGGCCUGGGCCAAAGGCCACUGUGGCACAGACCUAAGUGGGACCAGCUGAUGGCUUGAAAUGGUGAGGUAGCAGGGAUGGUAUGGGCACUUGUCCCUUGAUGGGCUGUCUGACGCAUGGUGGUAUGUGUCCAGGGGCAUAUGAGCAGCCAUGGUUCUGUCAGCAAAGCAAGGUGUUACCAGCCUGGAUGUCUUUAGGGGUGGUCCUGGGUGCCAUGUUUCCUCUGCCUCAAGAGGGCAUUUGGCACCUGACUGCCCUGGCACCCAGUUUAAUGAGCCACAAGAGGGUCUGCAUGGUCUGUCCAUCUGUCCCAGAUCUUUUUGUCCAUCUUCUCCAGCACUCGCACCAGCACUGCUAGGCAAACAGCCCUCCAGGUGUGUGGCCCUGCCUGCCUUCCUGCCUGCUCCCAGCUGAGGCCAGACAGUCUGGUCUGACCUGCCUGUGGGCACUAAACCUGCCCUUGUUGGCAUCCCUAUCCCUGCUGAGAGCAGCCACGGAUGCAUUUUUGCUGAGGAAGUGGGAGAUAGGGGGAGGUGAGGACAAACAGCGUGUUGUCUUUCAGCCCCAUUGCUCCCCGAGGACCAAAGUGGCUCUCUGAGGAGGUAUGCUAGUGGUCUGGCCUAUCUUCAAGCCUGGCAGCUGCAUUUCCCAACCCUGCCUGUGGCUGCUGUGGGUUUUGGAGGGCUCUGCCUUGCUCAUCCUACAGCUGAGCAAUAGUCAAGGUUUCUGCUGGCAUAGCCAUUGCAAUAACAGGACAGAGUGGGCUGUGCUGGGAGGGACACAGGCCAGGGUCCCUUCUCAGGCCAGGCCAGGCCUGGCAGAGCCUGCAGUUCCUCCCCGUGUCAGAUGUAGCUAAUGCACCCUUUGCAGCGUUGGUUUUACUAGACUAAUAAACUGAUCGUAGGACCAGG